CUUUUGUGGUUUCCUGUGUCUAGGCUGUUGACUUCUCCCUUCGCAGAUAUGAACAUGAUCAAAACAUUUGAUUAACCAGAACAUAGUGAUAGUGCUUACAAGUUUUAUCACGCUCCAGAGCCAUCGAUCGAGCAGGAGCUUUGUGAAUUUUACAAAGAACUUAAGGAAGUUGAUAAGGUUGACGUCAGUGCAGACACCAAAACGGUUGAACAGCAUGACCUCCAUCCUUCCAGCGAGCCCGAAAGUGAUCAACCAAACAGUACAGACAUUCCUGUUGUCGUAACUGAUCACGGCAGAGCCUACAAACCUUACCCAGAUCCACAUGAACGCAACCAAAAAGAUCCACAAAGAUGGAGGCCUCGCUUACAAUGUAAUAUGGAGGACUUUGGUAGAGGAGGAUAUCCAGAGCCGUGGUAUCCUCCUCCACCAUGGCUUCCUCCAGACCCAAGGGUGCACUUCUUUUGUCCCCCGACCUCUGAGGGUGCUAUCAUAUAUCCUCCAGACAUGAGAUCUCAGGAGAACGUCUUCCACAGUUUUCAUACCAACAACAACAGCUGGGGCCCAUGGGAAGGACCACCAUUACCUUCAAACAGGUGGAGUGAACAAAACCGGCUUUUCCAGUCACAUGAGCAUCCUGGAUUCUCUGAGGAAUGUCAACCAUCUUCAGCACACUGGGAGCAGCACUAUCAUGAAAGAGACCCAUAUAAGCAUUAUGAUAACACUGCUUUGGUGCUCAUAUUGUUGAGGGGAGUCCCAGGAUCUGGAAAAUCCACUUUGGCCAGAGAGCUCAUGUCCACUGGUCCCAGUGGAGUAAUACUUAGCACAGAUGACUACUUUUUCCAAGACAACGGAUAUGAAUUUGAUUCGGCUCUGCUUGGUGAUGCGCAAGACUGGAACCAGAAGAGAGCGGAGCAGGCGAUGUUGGAGGGCCGCUCUCCCGUUAUCAUCGACAACACUAAUGUUAAAGCCUGGGAAAUGAAGCCUUAUGUUCAAAUGGCUUUAGACAAUGGAUACAGAGUGGACUUUCUUGAGCCAGAUACCCGCUGGAAAUAUGAUCCUGCCCAGUUAGAAAAGAGGAACAAGCACGGAGUCCCUCGAGAAACAAUAGCAAAGAUGCUGGAUGGUUUUGAGCGGCCGAUGAAUGUUGAAGUUGUGAUGAAUUCUGUGGUGCCUCUGCAUAAAAAGAAAGACCGUUAACAGAGAACCAAUGACAUUUUGCUGUUCUUCAAAUAGAAAUAUUAUCAUGUUAUCAUCCUGAAUGAUAUAGUGGUCAUAUAUAUAUAUAU